CAUACUCAAAUUUAUUUUUAAUGCAAAAAGAAAAGAAAAUCUCUUUCGAUAUAGUCGCGCGCGAUUCCUGUUUAUCAAUAGACACACAAUCAAAAACGUAGUGCGGUCGUGCUCGACGCAUUUUAAUCGAAUUCGUGGAUAGAUGCUCGUGACGCCUGUGCCGGUUGUGUGAAUAUACAUAAUUAACUUUAUAGACCUGAUCAAUUAAUGUUAAUUUACGCGGAAAAUCAUGGCGAGAUUAUCAACGUCGAGGGAUUCUUCUCCGAUCGUUCGAUCCCCGCCGAGUCAUGUCUCUUUUUGAAAUGAUCACGAGAGAUUUUCGAAUGUGUACUCGAUUAGAUCCAAUUCCUCGAAAUGAGCUGCAACUUGAUUGCCGAUCCGGCAAAGAUUCUCUCGCUAAUCGAGGAACUAUGCGAUCUACCAUAUACGGAGGUGCAACGACGGCUGAACAAAUAUGUGCAGAAUGCAACAAAUGCAAAAUUGGUCUUUCUCAUAUCAAUACUGGUAGAGUCUGAGGAAAUGAUUAUUCAUGUGAUUGGCGAAGAAAUUCUGGACAGAGAAUUGAGAUUUCUUAUGACAAACAAUGUUUUAUACGAGGCUGUGAUAAAUAAAACAUCAUUAGUUUUGAGUGUUGCAAAACUUGAUGAAGAGUUAUUAAGAUAUAUUAAUAGAAUAACAGAUGCAACACUACAGUCCCUCUUAAUAAUCCCAAUACAACAUCCUUUUAAACAUUAUACAGUUUUGCUUGUGUGCCUGGUAGAUUAUACGGAUGGAGAUGAAGCUAGGCAUGCUUGUACAGAAAUAGUUCAAGAAUGCUUUAGAUUUAGUCUCGGAUAUUUGCUUAGUUCAUUACAUUGUUAUGAAGAGACUCGUGUAAAACAACAAUGUCAAAACUUAUUAGCUGUUUCUAGGAAGCUCUUCACACAUUUAGGAGAUUUCUCUGAUCUCUUGCGUGAGAUUAUGGCAGAAGUCAGAAAAUUGACAAAUGCAGAGAGAUGUUCCUUAUUUCUUUUGGACCCUGAUCAAGAGGAUCUAGUUGCAAAAGUAUUUGAUGGCAUUAGCACGAACGAAAAUGUAAAUGAAAUGAGAAUCCCCAUCGGGCAAGGUAUAGCUGGUCAUGUUGCAACUACUGGUAAAUUACUUAAUAUCCGAGACGCGUAUAAUCAUCCCCUCUUUUAUCGUGGUAUUGACGAGGCAACAGGAUUUAAGACUAGAAAUAUCUUGUGCUUUCCAAUACGGGAUGAGAAAGGCAUUGUUGGAGUGGCUCAACUGUGUAAUAAAAUAAACGGCUUAUAUUUUGAUGCCUUUGACGAACAGAUUGCGACAGCGUUUAGCAUUUAUUGUGGUAUAUCAAUAAUGCAUAGUAUUGUUUAUAAAAAGAUGCAGGAUGCUCAAGCUCGAAAUAAGCUUAGCAACGAGAUAAUGAUGUAUCACAUGAAGGUGGAAGAAUCUGCUGUGGAAGCGUUGUUGAAUUGCAGGGAUGAUCACAAUAUUAAAGAUUUUAACAAAUUCCAUUUUAGUCCAAGGAGUGUACCUUACAAACAUAUACCUUGCUAUACCAUUAAAAUGUUCACAGACUUAUCUUUCCUUAAGUAUUGGAGAAUUAAAAUAUCGACACUUGCAAGGUUCAUAUUAUAUGUUAAGAAAGGAUACAGAGAUGCACCUUAUCUUCUAUUUAGAUAA